ACAAUGCAUUUUGCUCUUGAAUUAGUGAACAACACAGCUAUAUGAUCCAUUACAGUGAAAGAAAAACCUGUAUGCUUGUUCCAACUUCGAGAGCUGGAGAUGGUAGCAAAAAAACUAAGCUAGAAAUCAGUUGAGGGAUGAGAAGACAGACAGAGAAAGAGAGGGAGGGAGGAGACCGAAAUUUGAGGAAGAGGAUAACAGAAUUGUGAAGCACGGUCUGCCUGAAAGAUUCUUUUGGCAAUUUGAAUCGGCAAAGUGAACCUCUCGUCCGUUGAUCUAAUCUGGUCACUUCUGCCCCUCCUAAUGUCCCUUCAUUUUUAUGUCCCAUUUGAUUCCUAGAAGGCUCCAAAUAUAUUGUUGAAACAUGAAGCAAAAGGUAGUGAUUGAUAUCCCACUCAUUACUGAUGGGGGCAGAUCAAAGGCAAUGCAGAUUGCUGUAGCUAUUAAAGGGGUUACAUCGGUGAAUAUAGACAAGGAAAAAAGCCAUUUGGUGGUGAUAGGAGAAGGGUUUGAUUCCUUUCAUUUGAUGAAGUGCCUAAAGAAGAGAUUCAGGUGCUCUAACAUUGUGAGCAUUGAAGAAGUGAAACCUCCCAAUAAAGAUGAAGAAAAAAAGAAAAAGGAAGCAGAAGAAAAGAAGAAGAAGGAAGAAGCAGCAAAGAAGAAGAAGGAAGAAGAAGCAAAGUGCAAACCAUGUUGCCCACCAAACCCUCCUUGUGUACAGUACUAUCCAUGUGUGCAACCUGUUUAUGAUAAUUAUAACCCAAGUUGCACUAUUGUGUGAUGCAAAACUUGUGCAAUUCCGAGCAAAUUCUUGAUUCCUCGAAUAUAAUGAAAUUUCACCGUA